UUUGUUUUUCCUUUUGAGAUAUAACUCUAUCGUUAAUCCACCGAUUCUACUUGAGCUCCUCGUAUUUAAUCUGAAAAAUCUUGUUUGUGACGUAACCCUUGUGUAUUUGAUUGAUCUGGGCUCACCAAGUGUUCGAUUUAAUGCCUCAAAGAGUUUUUGGAGAUGGGGAAAGACGCUAAAGCUGGUGGGAAGGGUAAGGGAAAGCAAGCAGGUGGCAGUGAUGAAGCAGCAUCCUCUAAGGGUAAAGGCAAAGCUGGAAAAGCUGCUGAUGGUCUUGGAACAUGCACUUAUGUCAAAGCGAGACAUGUUUUGUGUGAAAAGCAAGGAAAGAUCAAUGAGGCAUACAAAAAGUUGCAGGAUGGUUGGUUGAGUAAUGGAGACAAGGUUCCUCCUGCUGAAUUUGCAAAGAUUGCAGCAGAGUACUCGGAGUGCCCAUCAGGGAAAAAAGGAGGAGAUCUUGGAUGGUUCCCUAGAGGAAAGAUGGCUGGUCCCUUCCAAGAUGUUGCCUUCAACACACCUGUUGGUGUCACUAGUGCACCUUUCAAAUCCACGCACGGAUACCACAUCAUCUUGUCGGAAGGAAGGAAAAACUGA